CCAUGGUCAAACAGUUAAACUCAUAGCAAGAGCUGAUAGACAUGGCUACUCUCUCUGCUCACAGACUGCCACUUCUGCACCAUGAAUGACGGGUACCACGAAGCUGCUGGGAUGAUUUCCUGGACCUGCUAAAGGAAGCAACUUUUAAGGAUCUCUUCCGGAUACGGAUGGCAUGACACUAAUUUUAUGGUCUGUGUUAUCAGUUGUGUUAUCAGGCGAUUGUGGCAAUGGGUUGGUAAGGAUUUAUGCGAAUGCGUGUGCAAAGUGAUGAACAGCCACAAAUUUUACCCAUGAUAUAAAGUGAUCUACCAUCUAUUUUAUCGUCUAAAUUGUGGCAGAUGUUGCACAUGAUCGAGAUCUGUGUCCUCAACGAAGUUUCAACUGAGUAGCGUGACUGAGAACUUACAAACGUAUGAGGCAGCAUUGCCCUUUUCAUUCGGGUGGGGCUGAGAUUUGAGGUGCUUCUUUCUUGAAACACUCCUUUGUCCUAAUGAAAUAAUUCUUUGUGUGUCUUGCUUUUUUUUCCCUUCGAAGCAUAAGGUUUAAAGCAUGAAUAAUACUUUAUUCAAAAGGUUAAACAGUAUUAACAAAUCAACUAAAUCUUUAUCCCCUGUGUUCCAACUGGUAUGAGGUCAAUAAUUUAUUUGUUUCCAACUUUAGUGUAGUUUAGUGUAAUUAUUUUAGUAGAUUUAAUAAGAUUUAUUACUCAAUUAAAAAAAAAAUAAUAAAGAAAACUUAAAGAAAUAUUAAUAGCAUUUUCAAAUAUCACAAUACAUUAAAGAACCAGGGCAGCUAUUUUUUUUUAGCAGAGUAAAGCGUGUUUCAUGUCUUGUUCCCUGACAUGUUGAAUGUCACUUUAAAAAUAAAUAAUAUAUCAGCUGUAUAUCUGUUUGGGCGAAUUGGGACCUUUCGGCCACCGGAAGCACUGUACUGCAGCGCGUCCUUGGAUACCACCGACGCGUUCUUCACUGCGGUCUAUGUCUGAUCUGACCAAAUGGUUCUGAGUGAAAAGGGGGGUAAACUGCCCCCUUAGCCGCUCAGCUACCAUUGUGUACCCACACGAAGAAGACGAUGGUAGCAAUAUUGACGCGUCGGAAUGGGGUCGAGCUGGGUGACUUAAUUGUGCACCAUGAAUGACAGAUACCAUAAGGCGGCCCGGGAUGGCUACCUGGACCUACUUAAAGAGGCAACUCGGAAGGAUCUCAACGCGCCGGAUGAGGAUGGCAUGACACCGACGUUAUGGGCAGCUUAUCACGGCAACCUGGAAGCUCUGCGACUGAUUGUGUCGAGGGGGGGAAACCCAGACAAGUGUGACAUAUGGGGGAACACGCCGCUCCACCUGGCAGCUGCCAAUGGUCACCUCAACUGCCUUUUCUUCCUGGUAUCUUUUGGUGCCAACAUAUGGUGCUUGGAUAAUGACUACCACACACCUUUGGACAUGGCUGCCACGAAGAAUCACAUGGAUUGUGUCCGCUACCUGGAUUCCAUCGCUGCCAAGCAGACAAGCCUUAAUCCCAAGCUGGUCAGCAAGCUGAAGGAUCGGGCGUUUCGUGAUGCUGAACAGCGAAUCAAAGAAUGCAUGAAGAUGCAGAAGAAGCACCACAAACGUAUGGAGAGAAAGUUUUACAAGGAAGUUUCUGAGACGUCUGCAUCAGAUGUCAUGAGUUUCUCCAGCUACACGAGCAGCUCUCUUAGCCACAAGCUGCUCAACUUAAACACAGCCACUGUCAGUGUGCCAUAUUCCCAGGCAACUCUCCAUGCCACAAGCCGAGGGAAGACAAAGAUCCAGAAGAAGCUGGAGAAGAAAAAACAAGGAGAUGGCACCUUUAAAAUCUACGAAGAUGGUAGGAAAAGUGUGCGCUCCCUCUCUGGACUUCAAUUGGGUAAUGAUGUCAUGUUUGUCAAACAAGGGACUUAUGUCAACCCAAAGGAUCGUGCCCGGCGCAAUGUUCGCGACAUGUUUCCCAGAGACAAUGACGAUGCCAUUUCACGUGCCAUGAGUGAGCCAGACCUCCAUGGACCAGAUGUGGACUAUUCUGAGAUCAGCACUGAUUCUGGACACGAUUCCCUGUUCAACCGACCCGGUCUUGGCACCAUGGUGUUUAGGAGGAACUAUGUGAGCGGAGGAAUGUUUGACCUUAGAAGUCACGAUGCAGCCAGUGUGGCCCGUUCAGGCAAUAAUGUGCGUUUACGCAGUCGAUUGCAGCAAUACCCAAGUCUAGAUGAAGACAGCAUUGGCAGUGCACGCAGCCUACAGGAGAGAAAUGUUGAAGAACUGCCUUGGGAAGAAGUUGAACUAGGGCUGGAUGAUGAUGAUGAGCCUGAUACAAGCCCUUUGGAGGUCUUCCUCGCCACCCAGAGCAUGAACGACUUUUUCUCCAUCUUCAAAAGGGAGAAGAUUGACCUUGCAGCGCUGUUACUGUGCUCUGAUCAUGACCUUAAGAGCAUCCAUAUACCCUUAGGACCAAGGAAAAAGAUCUUAGAUGCCUGUAAGAGACGACGAGAGACUUUAGUUGAGCCUGACUACAUCGAGGACACAGAAUUAUAACGAAAGAUGUGGUCACCCAUCCUGCUGUGUGCUCAUCCGGCCUUAAAGGUUAGUGGAGCAUUGCAAAGUAAAUGUCACAUAUGGGCUGGAUGUUAAACCCAAAAGGACACUGUCAUGAUGAAUAUAUCAAGCAUGAGAUACUGUAAAUCCUUAACAGGAUUCCUUUACUGUCUUUUUAGCUCAGGAUGAUCACUGAAAAUAUCUCUGUUUGGUUUAUUGGAGUUCCCCGUGCUGCAUGGUUUCACAAACUGAAAGACCCUUAUCUGAGUGUAGCACUGUGCACAUUGUAUGCCGUUUGGCACAGUUAACAGAGAGAUGAUUGUGGGGUCUGUGUCCCCUGAACCUUUUUAACCCCCUCGGGGUGAACCUGGACCUCAUGUGCCUGCAUUGCUUGUGCCUGUGCAUUUGCUGAAAAGCGUAUGUUGUUAGAAAUACACUAGUGUGAUUUCAGCUGUAACAGCAUUUUUAAUAACUAUUUGUAACUGAAGUAACAUUUACUUGUAUUUGUAUAUUUUGUCUCUGUAUAUGUUUACAUACAGACAGCCACGUCAGGUCUAGAGUAGCCCACUGGUAGUGAAGGCCAAUCCUUUGUUGUUAUUACGCUUGUGAUGUAAAAUCUAAUACCACAGUAUUUUUUUAAUAAGUGCAUACUACACUGUAACAUGUCACUGUAGAAUUAGACUAAAGUGGGAUCAUGAAAUUGCGUUUUUGUUGUUUUUGUUUACUCUGAGUGCUUUAUAUUAAUGUACCUUUGCUCAGUAGCACUUUAAUGUUUACUAUCUGAACUUUUGUAAACAAAUGU